AUGGCGUUUUUCGCGGUCCUUUUCCACGCGGUCGCGCUGCUCGUUCGUUUUGGUCCCGAGCCGCAUCAACGGUCUUGGGAACAGUUUCUGAAACCAGACUGUAGUACAUCAACCGUACUGGCUACUAGAAAAGGAGGAGAACCUCCCUCGGGCGCAGCCUUAUUUAGUGGUGCAGCAUCAACCGGACCGGGGCCGUUCCCGUUCCGUGCAGGGACUGCUCCUACUGGUGCAAGUACCAACAUAGUUGGGGAGGUAGAUGCGAACGAUCCACAAGAACCUCUUCGCAGCAAGAGUGCAGCUUCGCUUUCGCACGCAGCAGCCUCCGGCUCAUCUCCUCCAGGGGGUUCUUCCCCCGGAGCUGCGGACGUCGCAGUUGUACCGCCAGUAGCCGCUGGGGCUGGCGAAGGCCAUGUUGAUCUGGGCAGAAAAACAAUUAAGAAUCUCGUGCCAGACUACUACACGACCAAGAGUGCUGCCCCCGCUGGUCCUCUGAUGUCGGCGGACAAGCAGGUGCAGCGACACCAACGCCCUUCGUCCGCAUAUGGCGUUCUCAAAUGUUACAUUCUUAACUGUUACGUGAUCUGUCAUGCAAAAUUACAACCAGAAUCGACGCGAUCAAGCUGCUUCGCGUGAUAAAUUCUCGAAGAGCCAAACAGGCUAAAAGUCUGCGCCAAGUCUGUCAUGCAAGAUGCGCAAGGCCAAGGUCACCCCUUUCACUUUUGCCAUUCUUGCAUCUUCACAAAUCCAUGUAACAGCUGAGAGUGUAACAGUUGAGAACGCCAUGCCGCAAGUUCAAUCAACGACGGGCGAGGUCGUGGAGACGGCUCUAGUACUCUGCCUUUAGUAGCUCAUGAUCUUUCGUCCGCCAGUUCACCGGAAGGUGGACAGGGAGCAGUGGCUACAGACGGAACGAGGACCUUCACGGCGACGAUACUACCGCAGCCGCCUGGCACCUCCAGUGAUUCGGAGGUAGUCCUAGUCUCCGGCACAUCUUCUUCUACUGCUCCAUCGGGACAAAUAGAAGAAGUACAGAACUCAAGUACUACUUGCGUCUACUCGUUACACGGAUUCGGUGGGGACGUGAUCCUGCUGUGCGCUAUCUUGCAGUACUGCGUGAUUGGUUUUUUAGCGCGGUCUCGGUCCCGCGCACUGCUCCUGCAGGGACUGGAUGGGGACCACCAAGACGGGUUUCGGUAUCAGGGUGAAGUAUCUGGCAACUAUGCUGCAGAUCCGUUCGCGCCGCAAAUUUUCCACCAGGAGGUAGAGAUGGCGAGUGGCAUGAAUCCAGGGGUAUUUAAUACGGAUAGUACGGGAACAGCGAGCCCUUCCGCGCCUUCUGGAAACAUCAGCAGCUCGGCGUCCCCGGAUGGUGCCAUGCCGCCAACUCGCAGUACUACUUUCUUGCCUUUUAGCGGCGCCGGACAUCGUUUAGGCAUCGAGAAGGAGAAUGAGGGGAGUGCUUGAAGAUGUCAUAGUUGGCAAGGUAGUUAGUAGAUAACAGCACGUCGUGGUCCUUCAUCGUGUACCGACCGCUUUGCGUCCUUUAAGAGAUGAAAUUCGGAAGCCAAUGACUUGGGAAGAACCGGCGGUUCUACAUCUGCGAAGACCACAUGCGUCGCAUGCCGCCGGAAAAUAAAUCUGACUGAAUCUUCACAAGGACCAGCGAAUCAAUGUUGCUGAUGCGUAGGAAGUGUCUUCGGCUGAAAUUUGGAUGAAACAAUACUUGUGCCAUGUGAAGAAGUGUCCAUUACAGGGCUAU